GCGCCAAAUUCAAUUCUCGGAUAUAAAUGAAUGUUUCUAUGUUCCCGGCAAGAUUUUUCUGAAGCUUAACUUUAUUCAGGUCGGUUGAUUUGCAACCACGGAUCUAAUGAGCUCCAUAUGAUACAUUUAUUUUGCAAAACAUCGUUUUGGUUUAUUCCCGAAGCACUUUCUGUUCAAUCGGAUUCGUUUUUAGCAGAGCGCAGAGCCCGUAAAAACAAAAACAAUCAAAGAUGGCGGACCAUGAGAGUGAUAAAUCGAACUCGCUGGAUGGUACGAGCUGCGCUGAUGGAGAAAACGCUAGCUCUGAUGCUGAGGAAAGCACAAAAAUUGUGAUCAGCCAUGCAUCUAGUAGUGAUAAAGAGGACGACCACAAGGACGAAGAAUCUGACAGUAGGGGGAUGUAUACUGCUGCAACACGAGGAUUUCCUCCGUCAAGAUUAGCGCCAAGAGCAGUUUUUGGAAGCUCGCAAGCGUUCGGUGGCAACCCCUUUGCAGCCAAGCCCUCUCUGAACCGUCCUUCGAUGGAGGAGGGAAGUUCCUCUUGGCCAGGUCUUACUCCAAGCAAGUUGGGUGGCUCUUUUGGCUCUGCCAUCCCAGCCCCUGUCGCCAGUAAAUUUGUUUUAAAGCCUUCUGCCUUUGGCUCUGCGGCGUCCAACGCUGAAAGUUCUUCACCAGUCGUGGCAGCUGUCACUCCUAAAAGUAGCAAUCCGCUCAUACCUUCCAGACUAGGCAAUCCUUUUGCCAAUAAAGCCUCUCAAGAGUUAAGUAAAGAGGAGCAGGAAGAACCUAAAAAGGAAGAGCCAAUUGAGGAGGCUGAAAAGGCAAAGUCUCCUUCAUCUGUUAAAUUUGUUCCUCUAGGCACGCCAAGUAGCUCUUCUGCUAACUCAAGUGAAGGAUCCGCCAAUGUGAUUUCUACCCCAAACAGCUUUGUCUUUGGUCAAAACCUUCGCGACAGAGUGGUGGUUAGUUUUUUAAAAUUAAUUAAUCCAUUUUAUAAAUUAAAUUCUUGUGCACAGGCUGGAGAAGAGUGCAGUCAAGAGGCGCCAGCUCAUGAAAAUGGAACAAGUAGCAAUGAAGCCACUGAAUCUAUAGCAACAACCAACGGAACCUCAACAUCUGAAAUGCUGUUUUCUGCUGUCAUCAAAAAGGAUACUCAAAGCGACUCGAAUAGUGAGAGCGAAGGCACACCAGCCAAAAGCUUGUCAGAAGCAGCUCGGGAGUAUGAAGAGAGCCGAGCGGUGAAACGCAAAUUCGACGAGGUUGAGGUGAAAACUGGAGAGGAAGAAGAAACUAAUGUCCUGCAGAUCUCAUGCAAACUGCACAUUUUUGACAAUGUCAAAAGCAGCUGGGCUGAAAGGGGCAGAGGGCAGCUGCGUCUUAAUGACAAAGUCGAGCAGCAACAGCUGCAGUCUAGAGUGAUCAUGCGCACCCACGGCAGCCUCAGGGUAGUACUCAACACGAAGGUUUGGCCUGAGAUGGUGGUCGACCGCGCCAAUGUCAAAAGUGUCCGUUUCACAGCCAUGGACGAAGACCAAAUCAAAGUCUUCCUCGUCACGGGAGCGCCAAAAGACGCUGACAAUUUGUACCUUGCCUUGGAGAGGCGGGUGACGUCGCAGCGUAUUAAAGCGGCGUCGGCACCGUCAAUAGACAACGACGUUCCCUCGCCGGACGCGGCUAACUCGGACAUAGAGAAAUCCAGAGCAUGCAUGGACGCCACGUCCUUGCCAGACGAGCAGCCAUCUUUGAAAAAGGGUAGGAACAGCUUGAGCGAGGGUAGAGAAGAUGAAGAUGCAGCUGCAGACCAAGGCACCACGUAGACGACAUAUCUGGCUGCUGGACUUGGAUGAGGCGAAGCAGUGUUUCGUUGUCAGAGAUCACAAAAUGAUAUGUAUCGAUUCUACUUAUGCCAUUCCAAGGUUACAUGAAUGUUUGGCUUUAAGUUUUGUAUUUGAGUGCAUGAGUACAAACACAUUAUUUGCAGAUUUUUAAUUUCUGUUUAUAGCGGAGCGAUAGUCUUGAAUUGUCGGUAUAAAAUAUGAAAAUAACAGGCCCCGAUUUCUAUUUUACUAAAAUGCUGCGAUGAGUAAGAAUUCAUCUCCUGUUUAAAAUCAUGGUUGAAUAAAUCACUGAAUACAAGAGAUUUGUUUAAGAACA